ACACUGGGCCUGGUCGUGUGCAAGUGAAAAAUUGGACCGCGAUCGCAUCUGGAAACAGGAGGGUGGGGAUGGCGCAGCUGGCUGGCUGAUGGAGCCAGGCGGGCCCCGAAUAGAAGAGGAAAAAGGGAGUGACUCGCAGCGGACGAAGCCUGAAGCCUGAAGCCUGGAGCCUGGAGUGCUCGACAUCUCGUCCGCUUCUGAGACGUGUGCCACAUUGCUGGCUUUCCUCGCUUGUGUGCAUCCUUGUCACAAGAGGACGACGCGAGGAGGAGUAGGGAUCCCUUCUGUCUACGUCGCUCGGCACCAAAUCCUCCAUUGGCUCCUGGCUUCUCUCCGUCCGCAACUCGAAUCCGCACCGCUCAGCUCAGCUCAGCUCCCGGCGUCAGGCGACAUCGAGCGAGGCAGGAGCAGGCAGGCAGGGGCAGACGACGACGAAUCGCAGCAGCAGCAGCAGCGUCAUGUUGGGGGUCAGGUCCGCGACGCGGGGAGCUGGAUGCUCGCAAUUCCGGCGCUUGCUGAUCACUCUGAUCAGCCUGGUCUCGGUUUCAUCGGCCCUGAGGCUGGUGAGCGCAGGUGAUGGUUACAAGGAUGCGUACGAACAGCUCGUGGAGUACGGAUUCCCCACGGGGCUGCUGCCCAACACGGUCACGGGCUACACUCUCGAGGAUGAUGGCAAGUUUGCGGUGUUUCUGCAGGACAAGUGCAACGUCUACAUUCCCGGGGAGUUCCCCGUCACCUACUCGAAGACUAUCACAGGAGUUCUGUCUUACGGCUCGCUGAAAAACCUCAAUGGAAUUUCCGUCAAGGCCUAUUACUUUUGGUGGUCAAUUAACGCCAUCACUGUCGUGAACGGGAACCUCGUGUUCGAAGUCGGGCUUCUCACUGCCAAGUAUCCCGUUGACAAUUUCGAGGAGAGUCCGGGCUGCGCCACGAAGUCGAUGGUCGAGCUCUUUCUCGACGAGUAGCUAUCGUCCGGGAUGGAUCGGUGUGUUUGUGUCUCACCAUGAAGAUGAGGAGAUCUGCGUAGAACCUCUAGAGUAGUGAGUGAUAAUUGAUGAUUUGUUAUGAGUUAGAAGACUGUCAAAUAGAUGCCUUUCGUACAUUUCGAAAGCAGACCCGAUGCAUUACUUCCAGCCUGACCUGAAUCCAUGGGCGGAAGAUUUACCAACUGAAGUGGUCAAGUAGUGGUGCAGUCGUCAACUCAUGCGGUCACAAGAAUAUUUUAAGUGGGUGGCGUCACGGAGCCGGGCAGAGGACUUGGUAAUGUUUGGAGAAGGCUCCGAGACCUGAAUGUGCAGACGUCCCCUUGUCCUCACUUGAGGCAUUUCUCGAGGCGGGACGUCGGGAGUGUAUUGCAGUUGCUGUUUUCAACGUUUUUCGUGCACAUGGGAGCUCAUUGAAAGCUCAUGGAUUUUGGAUCGCAGAGGUGUUUGGGCUUCGGGUAGUUAGUCAUUUGUCUGUCAUAUUCCUGCCACACUGCAUUGUAAGGAUUAUUGUGUUUGGAACUUGUAGAUUAUACAGGCUCUCAAGAGCCCGGGCAGUGAAGCAGAUAAUCUGUUGCUGUUGUAUACUUUCGUAACUUCAGCUCAAAAUUGAUGGUUGAAUGCCAUGGGUAGGUAUCAGUUUAGGCAUGGUCAGCAAAAUGUGAUGUCUGUGCGUUCCAGUCAGUGGGAACUGCACAGUACUUACCAGUUAGGAAUUGUUAUACAACUUGUACCUUUAAAGUUGAGGAAAGAUUACUUGUAGGUACUUCUUUGGU